UUCUCAGCUUCAGACAUGGAGAAAAGACUGUUGCUUUUUACUGGAAUUAUUAUUAUAAUAAUAUGUAUAAAUAUUUCAAAAGGAAUUCCGAUUGAAAGUAUAAACAUAGACAAGGGAGAUUUGAAAUUUAAGCAAUUAACUUUCAACUAUGUGGAAGAGAUUGGUGCAUUGAAAAAUGAAAUGGUUUUAUUGAGAGAAAGAGUAACAAAACUUGAAAGGGAAGUUAACAGAUCAGGAACAAAUGGGCAAAUUACAACAGAAACAGCUGAUGGAAUAAAGGACACCCAUCAUAUAUUGAAUAAGCGAGCGGUUAGAAGAAGACGAAUUCGAAGACCUGAGGUAGCAUUUCAAGCAUCGUUAACGACAGAAUCUGCAACAUUUAAUUUGUACGAUACAAUAAUUUUCAACAACGUGCUCACAAAUAUUAACCGUGCAUACAACAAACAUUCUGGUGUCUUCACUGCGCCUGUAUCCGGAACUUACACCUUUAACACUAAUAUUGUAGCAGAGAAAGGACAUUAUAUUGAAGCUAGUAUCAAAGUCAAUGACAUUGUGACUGUUUCGGCAAUAAGUGAUCAUAGAAUCCCGCGGAAUAGAGACUAUUUUACUACAUGGGAUCAAGGAAAUGCUGUAGCCAUUUUAAGACUGAAAAGAGGUGACAAAGUUUCAGUGUCGGUGCAAUGGCCGCAAGGAAGUCAUGUUAUACAUGGUUUCGGAAAAUCCAGUUUCUCUGGGUAUCUUUUGAGGUCACAUGAAGGACACUAAUGCAAAACAAUUUAAUGUGUAAUAAGAUAGAGCUUUAUAGAGCUAGAGAGAUAAUAGAGUAUGCAACGUAUUAUCUCAUAUCGCCGCUUAAAGAUUACAUGGCGCUGAUUUGACGAACGCCUGUAUGGAGACAACAGGGAAAACAUGCUUCAAUGACGUCACAGUCAGUUCUGUCUGGUGAACUUAAUGAACAAGAAGUUGAUGCCAAUGAUAAAUACAGCAACAUCAUCGCAAUUGGUGGAAACACGACAUAAUAUGAUCGGCAAAUUAAAGGUGGUUAAUUAUCAUAUUUUAGUCAUGGUACGGAUUUCUUCGAAACUUCAACAUCUUAUGAACUCCGACGAAAUAAUUUCAUUUCAUAAUAAUAACGUUAUAUUUAAUUUUCUUUUUUAACAAUGUUUCUUACCAAAUUGUACACAUUUUAUGAAAUGUGUGAAUUUAAUUAAUAAAAAAAAUGUGAUGACUUUUCAUUGUUCAGACAGAAAAAGAGCACUCGCUUAGCUCAAGAAACUAAUACAUGUACGUGAAAGAUAUGUUUCCUUUGAAGAUGCUUGAUGCUUAUAAUCAUUAUUUAAGUUUACAAAGCCGAUCUCAGCUGUUAAAUAGUGCUUUCAUUAUUGCUAGUUUUUCCAAAAUUUUAUUCAUUUACAUUCCUCUAUUCACAUUUGUUUCAUAUAGUUUUUAAAUAAAAAAUUUCAACUUGC